UUCGGUUUUCAUCGGGAGGAGCUAGUACCAUGUCAUUACCCACGACCAAAAGCUACCACGGCGACGGCAACCCACGCGGUUGUCCAGGCCGUGGAAACCUACAUUCAGAACCAGAAUUUGCUGGGCGAGAUCGCCGAACUGGACGACAUGCUUUACGACCUGGUUGUCAUGCACAAGGACAACGAGUUGGCCCUGAAGCGGGUGCUUCAGUGCAUCCACAACCUGUUGCAGACGAACAGCAAGUGGAACGUACGGUUCGGCCCGAAGGUGUUUCACAAACUGGUCUCCGUGGUGAUCGCGGACAGCCGGGAGGAUUCAGUGAGUCGGCGGCAACUUUUGGCCAAUUUGCUGGUCUGCGUGCAGCUCCAUGUGAGGAAGUUCCCACGCAUCGAAGCCAAGUUCGUACUGCAACAGCUCUGGUCGCUCAGCCAGAGCAAUGAGCACCAGCCACAUGCAGCCCAGAUUUUAGUCCACCUUUUCGAUGAUUUUAUUAACAACCUGGGAAAGGACUGCGCCCAGGAACUGCUGGCAGUGACCCAGAAUCUCCUGCAGUCAGAGGUGCGUGAGGAUCGCCGUUCGGCCUAUUUCCUCAUGCAUAAGCUGCAGGAGAUCAAGGAAGUGUUGGGCCUUCAGUGUAGCGAACUUCAGUGGAGCGCCUAUGUGGGCAUCAUGGAGAACCUGGAGGAGCAGCAAUCUCACCUGGUGCUGCCCUCUUUGAGCACGCUGCUGCCGCGCGUUGGAUUGAUGUCUAAAGACUUGAGUGAGGAAUGGCUGGGCUGGCUAAGGAUUCUGUGCAUACGCCUCUUGGGCGACAACAAUAUCCUUGUCCUGCGUUGGACACUCAAGUACUUUCUGUCGCAUUUCAGCUUGGCUCAGCUAUCCCGCUUUAGUCUGCUGACAGAAUUCCUGUCUGCCACCAAUCGAACGCAGCUUUACAAUCCGGAGGUGGCUGAUUGCCUCACAGAGCAGCAAAUAAAUGAUUUCAUGGCGGAAUACCCGGCGGAACUUUUGCUGGAGGCCCUCGUUGGAGUUCCGUGGCAUUGUGUACCCCUGCUCCAUUGGCUGAAGGGCUGGGGACUAACGCAGCUGCCGGUGGUUUCCAAGGAUCUGUUAUUUCAGUUAAGCGCCCGUAUUCGCGUGCUUCAAAAUACUGUUCUGCGUGGUACUGCUAUUAACUGUGUUAUCUUUUCAUUAAGUCACACAAUAGACAGUCUGUCUUUGGCCGACUACCUGCUGUUCAUCGAGUCUCUGUACAAUACAAUCGACCGAUUUGAAGAGCAUUAUCGACUAAUAGACAAAAUAGAAAAUUGCAGCGAUAUUGAGGAACAUCUUGCUAAUUUUAACAGUCGAUGCUGCGAACUUGUCUCUCAAAUGGACUAUAAAUAUGAUGUUUUUGUUGCGUUUUUGGAAAGAUUACGGACAGUGCCAAAAAGCCAAACACGGUGGUGGCGUCUUUUACCCAUAUUUCUUCACCGGGACCUGGAUAGGCCCGAGAAAUAUUUGGAUUUCUACCGCUCUGUCUAUUGCAUAGAUAUAUCUUUGCUUGAGAGUGGUGUGAGUUUGGAGCAGAUGCAGCGGCACCUUCUAGAUCAUUUGGAUUGCAAGACCAGAGAGGAGAAGUCAUUUGUGCGAGAGCACUGCGUUGAUCUCUUCGUUAAGAUAAACCUUCCAACAUGGAGCAAGUUGGAAGAGUUAAACCUUAAACCCUUGGAACUUUUGGAUCAGGGCACUGAAACUACAUUUUCCACCUUAACAAAUAUCUUGUCCUCACAUAACCAGCCUUUAGCAGAUGAGAACGUGUUGCCCGCUUUGAUUUCGCGGGUUGGGAAGCUUAAUAUUAGGGAAGCGCAAGCCAUUCUAAAAUAUGCGGUAGACAAUCUUACUGCAGAAGAGUAUAAGAAAUGCGUAUUGGAUAUUUUGCAAAAAACCACCUUCCUUUUGGGUACCAUGGACUGCGAAGAAUAUAAAGCACCGGCAUCGUUUGUUCUAAAAAGAUUGCUGGAAGGAGAAACCACUACAGGCGAUGCUCGCAUAGAACGCGCUUUUGAGCUUACGUUUGGCCAACGUCAGGAUCCAGAAGCCGUGUCUCGAGGGCAAUUUAUUCAUUAUGCAAAAAACAGUAAUGGCUUGGAUGUUAGCUGUAUCUGUGACGAUUUGCUGAGAAUGAACAACGAAUUGUCCAGAAAGAAACCUCGCUACUUUGCCAACUGCAAGGAGCACAGAACGAAAAUGAGAAUUGCAACAGUUCUGCUUGACCUAACCAACAGAUGGAAAUGGUCGGAGGCUUUGUGGGAGGCCGUCUUGUGCCCCAGCGAUCAGCCUAACAUAAGUUUUAUGUACGAGUACCUUGUCUCCAAAAUGUUGCCUAGCAUCGAGCAUUUAUUGGAACAACUGAAGCUACUGGCAACUCUUAAGCCCAGCCAACAAAUGUCGCUUGUCUCUGUAGUCCACAUAUACUGCUUGUCGCGCUGGGAAAGUAUAGAACUAGAACAACUAUCCAAAAUUUUUGAAACCCUCUUGCCUCUAACAAUGGGAGCAAAUUUUCAGACACGUCUGCUGGCCCAGUUGGUUUUGCAUCGUAUUUGUACUCAGUGCGAAGUAAGCAGCAUUCAAAUUCCAUUCGCUGGUGCAUUGAAGAAGUCAAUCGAGACCACUUUGGGCGACAAAUUGAAUGAGUUUCAAGGCGAAGCUAGACUUUUGUUACCGGAGUUAUGCUUAGAGUGUCCGACAUCCGAGUCUGGUGCGAUUCUCUGGAUGACAAAUACACCCUUUGAUGAAAACACUAGUUUCGUUAGCUGUCGAUAUGCCUUUCGAGUAAAGCUUGAACGUGCUCGCGAAGCAUUUAAAGCGAAAAAGUCCGGUCUAACACCGGAGCUGUCGUCGCCUUUGGGAGCAUCUAACGGAAAUGUGCAGAGAAAAAUGAAUCCGGUUGGAGAUAUAUAUCCGGAGAGUGACUUUGUGGAUGCGAGCCAAGCUCCUAAUAACCACGAGCUCAUUGUGGUGGCUUCUCUUAUAGACAAAUUGCCAAAUUUGGGUGGACUGGCGCGCACUUGUGAAGUACUGGGCGUUAAGACCCUGAUAUUGGGUCUGAAAUCACAGGCAGAGAAAAGCGAUUUUACGAAUUUGAGCAUGACUGCGGAGAAAACUUUAAACAUAACAGAGGUAAAGCCGGAAACUCUAGCUGAAUUUCUGCUAGAAAGACAAAUGGAGGGCUACAAAAUCGUUGGAGCCGAGCAAACUGCACACAGCACUAACUUUGCCGACUUUAAAUUUCCCAAGAAGAGCAUUCUGUUGUUGGGGCACGAAAAGCACGGAAUUCCAGCGGACCUGAUUGGAUUCUUAGACUAUGCCGUUGAAAUCCCCCAGUUUGGUUUAGUACGCUCUUUAAAUGUGCAUGUGACUGGGUCACUUUUUAUUUGGGAGUAUUGCAAGCAGCAUUUGACUAAAGAGUAGCCCCAUUUUUUGGACCCCGAUUGUAUAAUUCAUCAUUGCCUUAUAAAACUUAAGAUUGUACAUAUGUACCUUUCUGUAUAAAUAAGACAGUAUAAAAU